AUGCACCAGGGCGCGUUCCUGGGCGCCAACUGGACGGUGCGGCGCAAGGCGUCGCAGGCGGCGUCGCGCCACCGCUCGCUGCACCAGUCGGUGGCCGCGUCGAGCGCGCGCUGGAACGUGCAGGUGGUGCGCGGAAAGGUCACCUCGCGCUGCCUCUGGAACGCCUGCAAGGCGCUCACCGUCGGGCUCGCCCUGCUGCUGCUCGGCACCACCAUGGCCACCAUCGGUUAUUACGCGGACCAGCUGUCCGUGGCCCAGGAGGUGCGAGGAAACCACACGGUGCGCGUCAAGAACGAGAGCCGGGGCUUCCACCUCAACAACCUGUCGUACGCGGGACCCAUCGUCAUGGGCGUCGGUGGCUUCAUCGUGGUGGCGGCCUGCGUGAUGACGUUCGAGGCGCGGGACAGCGCGGCCAAGGUGGUUCCGGCGCGGCUCAAGGUGACGGGGUCGGCGCGUGCGGGCGGGCAGUCGCCGCAGCCGGGCGCGCAUGCGCACCAGGCGGCGCUGGCCGCCGGCAAGCAGGGCAGCUACCGGUCCGACGCGGGCAGCGCGCGCCGCAGCGCCAGCUGCCAGACCCGCUGGGACAACCGGCCGUCGCCCAGCUGCACCGACGUGCUGAGCCGGCGCGCGCUCACCGCCGCCUUCGUGCAGUUCUCCCGCGCGCUCCACCAGCGGCAGAUCUCCGUAGAGUCUUCCUCCUCCUCUCACAGCAGGCACGGGCGCGGCGGGGGCUCUCCCGGCGCGCCGCCGCUGCCCAAGAGCCCUUCGGCGCCGAACCUGCAGCUGGACACGUCUCCGCUGCUGCUGCUGCGCAACGCGGUGGCGGCGGGCGCGGGCCGCCAGCCGGCGCUGGCCAAGCCGGCGCGCCUCACGCAGUCGGCGCGCGCGCACCGCCUGCACCCCGCCAGCGCCCUGCUCAGCCCCUACCUGCUGCAGCGCCAGGCGCUCUCCAUGGACAACCCGCACUGCUACUCGCCGCCGCCCUCCAUGCUGCCCGGCCGCGACAACGCCGGCAGCCGCGACAGCCUCGAGCUGGGCGCCAGCGCCGGCGUCGGCGGCUCGCAGGCGUCGAUGGCGAUGGACCUGCACCUGGACUGCCCGGUGACGCUGCGCGUGCGCGACCGCUCGGAGACGGCGCGCCGCCACCUGUUCGUGCGACAGCGGCCCGUCGAGGCGGACGACGGCCGGGAGUCCCGCUCGUGCAGCCCGCGGGCCUCCACGCUGCACCUGCCCUCGCACCGCCGGCAGUCCGCCACCUUCUCCAGGGGCUCCAGCGCGUGA